AGAAUGGGCGGUUUGACAACUAUGGGGAGUAUGAUACCAGAACGGGCCCCUAUGGAGAGGAGUCCUUUGACUGUCAAAGGGAUUCUUAGUGACGACACCGCGGAACAGCAAGGACAGUUACUGCCCAUGGCACACGCGUUGAAACACGAGGAUAUUUCUCAGACGACAGCAGAACAGGAACCACCAAGCUCUUUCUCACGAAAAGCGCGAGUAAGGGAUACGCUGAAGAAGAAGCGAAUGGAGAUGUUGAACAUUGUAGGUUUUGAGGCGAAGGAAAUACCAAACUCGCCAAACUCAAUGUUGAGCACACCAAGAGAACUGUAUGGGAUCAAGCAGUCAACGACCGAAUCGCUCCCUAGCCCUUGCUCACCAACGCGGGUACCGACCAUGUCCAUCUCGUCGAGGACACGCACACCCCCUGCGCAGUCUGACAUACAAAGUCGCGACCAGGUAGUCAAUAAUACUAGGAGAGACAGAGGCCUACUCGGCCGAAAGCAUGUCUACCUGCCAGGUAAAAUCUGUCUCGAAGAACACCCAGGAAAGCCUCGCAUAGACUCCGUCGCAAGCACAGAUCUGUUCAGCACGGCGCUAGCGACCAAGGCAAGCCGUUUCUCUGACAUCAUAGGAUUAGAUAACAUAGUCAUGUUCUUCGAAGACUUUGGUGUGGUCGAACAGGAAACAGAGGAGAGUCUGGACAAGUACUGGCUUGAUGAUAGCCAUCCAGCUCGUAGGCAGCACAGCAUAAUAAGCGUAGAGGAAACUGCGUCCAAGAGCGUCAGAAAGGCUGCAAGUCCUCCCGGGUCAAAGUUCUCCUUCUCCUCGGGGUCGUCGACUGCUUCUGAGCCUCCACCCAGGCGAGCGAAGCGCCAACGGAUCAGGCUGAGGAGACUGUUGUCGCCGGGCCUCCCCGGCGCAGCCUUCCUCAAACCCCCUGUAAGUCGGGGACAACAAACUGAGAAGUCGUGACAAGCUAGAAAAGGAAGAUAGAAUAAUAAUGGAGACAAAUUUUAAAAUGGCGGAGCACCGUGAUG